GAGAGGGGGCAGAGGAGGAGAGAGGAGGGGAGAGAGAGAAAAACGCGCUGAAAGAAGCCUGGCAUAGUUUUGGGGGGAUUGUGGAAGAAGAUGUAACGAAGCUCGGAAGCGCUCUCCCAGGGAUGGAAAACUGGAUUAGUGUCCCUGCUGAAACACACUGUGGAUGUCUGAGCGAACCAGCAGGAGAUGCGCGACAAUGAGUGGAUUCUAAAGCCUUGUCACAAAAUGGGAACUAACUGCUCGUUUUUGCUGUAGUGCAAAGCUCUCUGUGGGUGUGUGUGGGAUGUUGUGUCAGGGCUGAAGCCCAUCCCUCUCCCAUGAGCCUGUGGGCCUCCACACACACACCCGGCGCCCACUCGCACACAGCCGGCACUGACGCUGUGAACUGGACCCUCUGAGCCCAACGGAUCCCAGCGGAGCGGUGUCUAGCCCAGUUGGAGCCUGAGGAUGUCAACAGAGACAGAGCUACAGCCAGCGGUCAGGCCCAGCAGCGUCAGACGGGACUCCAAAAGGAAAGGGCAGGAUCGCAGUGAGGCGGCGCUCAUCAGACGUUUUAAGGGCGAUGGCGUCCGCUACAAGGCUAAGCUCAUCGGCCUGGACGAAGUCACUGCGGCCCGUGGAGACAAACUCUGCCAGGACUCUAUGAUGAAGCUCAAGGGUAUAGCUGCUGCAGCACGGUCCAAAGGAGAUCACAAACAGAAGGUGUUUCUGACUGUUUCCUUUGGAGGGAUCAAAAUCUUUGAUGAGAAGUCAGGGGUCCUCCAUCACCACCAUGCAGUCCAUGAGAUCUCCUACAUCGCCAAGGACAUCACGGACCACCGAGCCUUUGGCUACGUCUGCGGGAAGGAAGGGAACCACCGCUUCAUGGCCAUCAAGACGGCACAGUCGGCUGAGCCUGUGAUUCUGGACCUGCGGGACUUGUUCCAGCUCAUCUAUGAGAUAAAGCAGAGAGAAGAGAUGGAGAAGAAGGCCCAGAAAGACAAGCAGUGUGAACAGGCCGUCUACCAGACAAUACUGGAGGAGGACCUGGAGGACCCGGUGUACCAGUACAUUGUGUUUGAGGCGGGACACGAGCCCAUCCGCGACCAAUCAGAAGAGGGCAUUUAUCAGGUUCCCACCAGUCAGCAGAAGGAAGGGGUCUAUGACGUCCCAAAGCGACACCCAAAUAUCAACCAAUUAGAGAUUUUCGGAGACAUGUCCACACCUCCUGACAUCACCUCUCCGUCGACUCCCGCCUCUCCAGCCAACAUCCUUGACCCCUCGCAGGGUCUGCAGCCUCCCACGGAACUGUUUGCUCCCUUCAAUCCUGCGUCUGUGCCCUCAGGUUAUGUGACGAUGGGAGCGGUACCCCCCGGCCACUGGUCCCAGCAGGCGUUCGCUGCCCAGACUCCGCUGGCCUUCGGGGUCCAGUCUCCGCUAGGCCCAGUGGCCCAGGUGCUGCCAGGCGGCCAGCCUCUUAUCUGGGGCCAGGCCAACAUCUUCCCUGCCACCCAACAGCAAUGGGCAGCCAUGGCGGCCGGAGCCUUCCCCCCUACAGCCUACCUCCCUGCCCAGCCUGUGGGCACCCUGCCCACCGCCAUGUUCCAGACUCUCACUCCCGUCACGACUGUGACUCCAGCCGGCGAGAGCCAUUCAGGCGCUGGAGCGAGCGCUUCAGCUGCUUCCCCUUCAGCGUCGUCGAGUCCGCAGCACGGGGAGAGGGGGAAGAAGAUGGGCAAGGAAUUGUUCAAGGACUUUCAGCUGGCGAAGCCUCCGGCCAUGCCGUUAAAGAGGGCUGAUCAGCCCAGCUUAGCAGGAACCUCAGAGGCAUUCAGCACUUACUUCAGCCGUGUGGGCACUGCCCAGGACACGGACGACUGUGACGACUUUGACAUUUCCCACAUGAAUCUGACACCAGUCACCUCCACAACACCAUCCACCAACUCGCCGCCCACCCCAGCUCCCAGGCAGAGCCCUCCCUCCAAGUCCUCAGCCUCCCAUGUCAGUGACCCCCCCACCGACGCCACAGACCCCCCCACAGACGACUCAUUUGGGGAAGCAGAGGGCAGCCCUAGUCGCAGUGGAGAGGAGGAUGCAGCGUGUGGUUCUGGGUCGCCCUGCCCCAGUGAAACAGCAGAGCCCAGCCCAGACCAGGCCAGUCCAGAGGCUGGGAGCUAGAUAGAGGAAGGGCAGGGUGGGGAAGGACCCUCUCUACGCCCAGAUCAACAAAGGGAAGAAAUAAAGUGACACACAGGAAGACGGACCUGACUAGCACUGAGAGAAAAGGAGGAGAUCCAUGUGUGUGUGUUUGUGUGUGUGUCCUUCCUCUCCUCUGGCUAACAACCUCCCAGGAGGAGCCUCAAGCUUCCCUUUUCCCCCUUCUCUUCCUCCUCCUCCUCCUCAUCCGUGCAGUCCUCUCUCCUCCUGAGAGGAGGGAGCCCUCUUCGUCAGUCACUCCAGGCAGGAGGGAUGUCAAUCAAUCCACCUCUCCCUCCACGCUGUGUUGUCUUCUCCUCUUCUCUCCUCCUCCUCCCUGUGGCGAGUCACACCCAGCCUUACAGACAUAACCUGAUCCUCCCUUCUCUCUCUCUCUCUCUUCCCCACCUCUUUCUCGCAGUCUUCACCCUCACACUCCUCCCUCUGCCUCCUGUGUCUGGCCAGAGUCUGUGCUGCCAAGGAGGGACUGAAUCAAGCAGUGCCUCUCUAUCUCCGACACCCACCCACACUCACGCUUAUUGGGAUAAGAGUGUUCAUCUUCCCUCUCAAGACUCCAUCUGUAGCAUGGACAUCCCACAGGAGGAGCCAGACUCUUAACGGGCCUAUCAGGGAUGGCCCGUUCCUGGGAUCUCUGGUUCUGAUUGGUUGGUUGUUUGGUUAGUUUGGGCGUUUUCUCCCCAGUCUUGUGAGUGUCUGCUUGAUCUCUAUGCAGAAACAGACUCUCUGAGAGCGACUCACAUGCCAACUACACGCAUACAGCUCACACAGCAAUCCGCCUACAACACACACAUGCAUACACACAGACUCAUCCCUCACUCUCUCUAACAUGCAUACACGCAGUGAUUUGCCAAACGUCUCACCUUGCAGACAGACUCGUUCAGAAGCCAGAGGACCAGACAAAUGGAGGAAGGGACCCUGAGAGAAAAGGCGUCAAACGGAUUCUGUGAUCGAACUGUUCAUUCUCUAUAGCUUUUGUACAAUACUGAUUUAAAAAAAAGAAAAAGAACAAAUUGAAAAAUUGAAUUUUUAUUUUAUAAGUCAAUCAAGCCGCUGGAGUCAGCUCUAUAGGAGUUGUAGAGUCAACUUGGCUUUAAGGCAUCUGAUCGUUGGUUUGCCAAACUCAUUUUGUAAAUAAUUAUGACAACAACAACAACAACAACAACCAUUUUGUCCACUGGACAUCUGUGCCAUAAAAUAGGAAGGCUUCAGUUAUGCAAUCUCUUGACAUUAACCCGAGCAAUACCAACAUAUGUUUUUCUUUUCCUGUUUUCCCACUUUGUCUUGAUUCUCCCUCAAAUACUGAUUUUUUUUUCUCGUGCAUGGAUGUUGUAGGUCUUUCUCUUAGCCUCACUUACUAAUCCACCUCUAAACCUUGUACCCGUUUGUCCCACGGCCACACGUUAUCGUUGUGUCUCUAUGGUUUAUGUUAUCCAAACAC